GAGGUGAACUACGAUGCCGUUGGUAUUUCGGUCAUUGACAUGCGGUAUACACCGAAGGAAGCGCGUCGAGAUGGUGAUAAGAAAGCAGCGCUGUUGUCGAUUGAGGAUCCGUUGUUGAUAAGUGAGUCCCAUGAUGGUUAUAACAACAUUUCCUUUAUUAAUCUUGACAUGGAUUUUGCUCGCUGA